AUGUGGAAUGCUGUGGAAUUCAAAGGAGUGCAUCUACUUUCAGCAGCGUUUUUACUGAGCAAAGAGGGUUUGCAGGGACGUUAUAAUAAUACCUACCUUUGAUUAUAGUGUGUUUGUCUGUGUGUGUCACUAGCAGCAGGAAGGGCAAUCAAAUAUCAGACAUUUGAAGAGGACCCUCCAUCCACUGUCAUCGGAAACCUGGCCAAAGACUUGUCCUUAAUUCCUUCAGCUGGCUCCAAGACCAGUUUCAGAAUGAUGAAGCAGUUCAAUGGAUCUUUUAUUAGGCUUAGAGAAAGUGACGGACAGCUAACGAUUGGAGAGCGAAUAGACAGAGAGAAAAUCUGCAAGCAUAUGAUCCAGUGUCUCAUUGCAUUUGAUGUCGUGAGUGUCUCUAUGGAGCGUUUCAAAUUAAUUCAUGUGGAAGUGGAAGUAAAGGACAUAAAUGACCAUGCUCCAGAAUUCCCCAGAAAGGAAUCCACUUUGGAAAUUUCAGAAAACACAGCACUGGGCACUAGAAUUCCCUUAGAUGUUGCCGUGGAUGAUGACGUGGGCUCGAACUACAUUCAAAGCUACCAAAUAUCAGUCAACAGUCACUUUACCAUUGAUGUGCUGAGCAGAGCUGAUGGGGUUAAAUAUGCAGAAUUGAUGCUAAUGAAAGAUUUGGACAGGGAGACACAGGCAUUAUAUGUUUUGGAGCUUGUGGCAGCAGACGGAGGACAACCAUCAAGGUCUGGCACAACAAAGAUAAAUGUCAAAGUGAAAGACUUUAACGACAAUAGCCCUGUUUUCGACCGCAACAGUUUUUCAAUUGAUGUGCCAGAGGAUGUCCCGGUGGGAUUCCUGCUUUUGGACUUGAAUGCGGUUGAUCCAGACGAUGGUUUAAAUGGGGAAGUUGUGUAUGCUUUCGGGAGUCAGGUACCCACGGAGAUCCAGCAACUUUUCAAAGUGGACAGAAAAUCUGGGCAGGUGACGCUCGAGAGACCAAUUGACUUUGAGAGCAAAGCAACUUAUGAGUUCGAUGUACAAGCAUCUGACUUGGGUCCUAAUCCGAGCCCAUCUAUCUGUAAAGUUGUCGUUCAAGUGCAGGAUGUGAAUGACAACCCACCAGAAAUCACCAUCACCCCAAUGACAUCCAUCACAGCAGGUGUAGCUUACGUCACAGAGGCAGCUGCUAAGGACAGUUUUGUGGCUCUGAUAAGCACCUCUGACAGGGACUCGAGUGCAAACGGACAGGUUCACUGUUCACUACAUGGGCAUGAUCAUUUCAAGCUUCAACAAGCCUAUGAGGACAGCUAUAUGAUUGUAACAGCAGCUCUACUUGACAGAGAAAAGAUUGCUGAGUAUAACCUAACGAUUGUGGCUGAAGACAUGGGAUCACCCUCGUUUAGAACAGUUGCACAGUAUACCAUCAGGUUGAGUGAUGAGAAUGACAAUGCCCCUGUGUUUAGUAAAAAUCUCUAUGAAGUUUCUUUGGUGGAAAACAAUGCUCCCGGUGCAUACAUCACAACGGUGGUGGCCAGAGAUCUCGACCUAGGACAAAACAGCAAAGUCAGCUAUAAGCUUGUGGACACCUACAUCAUGGGCUCACCGGUGUCAACUUUUGUCUCUCUAGAUCCCGCUUCUGGCUCAAUCUAUGCUCUCAGAAGUUUCAACUAUGAGGUCCACAAACAGUUAGAGCUACGGAUUCAAGCGAGUGAUGGGGGCUCGCCACAACUCCACGGCAGUGCAACCAUCAAUCUAAAAUUUGUCGAUCAGAAUGACAAUUCUCCUUUUAUCACUCAGCCAGUGCUAAAUAAUGGUUCUGCAGAGGUUCUACUGCCCAAAGACUCUCCUGCUGGCUACGUUAUAACCCAGAUACAUGCUAGGGAUGCUGACGAAGGUGUCAACGCAGAACUGUCAUUCAAAAUCUCAGAGGGGGACGCCUCUGUGUUCUCCAUCAAUAGAGCAACUGGAGAAAUCUCUCUGAAUCAAGAACUCAACUACGAAGUUAUUGAUAAAUUGAGAGUAACACUCACUAUCAGUGACAAUGGCAGACCCUCCCUAACUGCAACAGCCACCAUCAAAUUCAGCAUCAUCGUAAGUCCUCUCCCCAGUGACCGCAACAUUAUCCGACACAGAAGCGACGAAAAGAUGCAGAAAUGGGACUUUUCAAUUGUAAUAAUUGUCAUACUGGCGGGGAGCUGCACACUUCUACUUUUAGCCAUAAUUCUUAUAGCAACCACUUGCAAUAAACGUAAGGUACAUAAGCUAGGGGAAUUUCAUUCUGGAAAGGAGGACAGCAUGCAUUUGGAAGGGGCGGGAAACAAUAGCGACCCACUUAUUCCGAUCCUGAAUGACAGAUUGUUUGAAGUUCUUCCUCACUCAAACAAGCCCAUUUUCACGGGCUCGAUCCAGAUGGGCAGUGACAUAUGCUGCAGCUCCGAAAAUGGCACUCCUACGACGUGUGCUUUUAAACCAGAGGAUAAUAGCCGUGGUGUGAAAUUAGAGGGGUAUUCCACUUUGCCCGAUUUGGGGAAAGAAGCAGUGAAACCAAUUACGAGUUGGAAAGGCAGUUCACACACAGCAAUCUCAACACGAGACCCUCAUUUCAGUGGGAAGGACAGUGGAAAAGGUGACAGCGACUUCAGUGACAGCGAUUCAGAUUUAAGUGGCAAAGGCUUAAAAACAGGCGAACCUCAAAACAACACUCAGAAUGGUCUGUGGGCAUGCACAAGUGAGUGCAAGAUUCUGGGCCAUUCUGACCGCUGCUGGAGUCCAUCUGCUGCCAGGGCGAAUGACAAUGCUGCACAUGUACAACAACUGCCUUCCUUUACAAAGACAGGUUCGCUUCCUCGAGACAAUCUCAGGAGGGAGAACAACCAAGCCCAAAUUCCAAAAACAGUGGGUUUGCAGAGUGUCUAUGAGAAAGUACUGCACAGAGAAUAUGACUAUCUGACUAUAGCUCCUUCACCUCGAGCAGUCACGGUGGAAGAAAUGAAAGAUAUAACUAUCUCAGUGUGUUCGCCAACAAUUCACUGUUCCACGCAUGAAGUGUAA